AUGGAACCAAAGCAGAAAAAGAAGAAUUUGGAAAGAUACAGGAGAAGGAUAGGUAUGCUACAGGCUUUUGCUAAUGUAUCUAACAAAAUUUGGGUAUUUGUGGAUGAGGAUCAUGGAGUGGAGAUUAUAUAUGACCUUGAACAACAGAUGACCUUGAAGCUUACAAACUUGGAUACACAAAUGUCUUUCAUGGUAACUUUUGUGUAUGCCAAGUGUGAUCCCAUUGAGAGAAUAGAACUGUGGGAUAGCUUAUACUAUUUGGCCAGUGAUAUGUCUAUCCCUUGGCUUGUAGGAGGGGAUUUUAAUGUAAUAUUGGAUGAAGAGGAGAAGUUUGGUGGUUUACCUGUGUCACUGAAUGAGAUAAAUGAUUUUAGGCAUUGCAUUUCCACAUGUAACCUCAAUGAUUUAGGUUUCAAAGGGAGUAUCUAUACAUGGUGGAAUGGAAGAGGGGAAGAUGAUUGCAUAUUUAAAAGGUUGGAUAGAUGUUUGGGAAAUGUAGAAUUGCAGCAGAUGUGGCCUAAUCUAGAGAUUACUCACCUGUCCAAAACUGGAUCUGAUCACAGUCCAAUGUUGCUGCAAUUUUUAGCAUUGGAGGAGGAAUUUUGGAAGCAAAAAUCAGGGAUGGCAUGGUUUAAAGAUGGGGACAGGAAUACUAAAUUUUUUCAUGCUCAAGUCAAUGGUAGAAGAAGAAGACUACAGUUGAAAAGGGUGCAGAAUUCUAAUGGUAUUUGGUUAGAGGACAGCAAUGAUAUGGCAGAUGAGGCAGUCAGAUUUUUUAAGGCACAGUUUCAUGAAGAUCAAGUUCCAACCUGUUUUGAAAUACUGGAACAUAUACCAACACUGAUUGAUAAUUUGCAGAAUUUGGAAUUAAUUAAACAACCAACUUUUGCAGAAGUAAAACAGGCAGUCUUUGGCCUGAAUGGGGAAAGUGCUGGGGGCCCUGAUGGUUUCACAGGUUGCUUUUUUCAUCAUUGUUGGGAAAUAAUAGCUGAUGAUAUUGUAGAGAUGGUUAAGGCAUUUUUCAAUGGGCAUGAACUUCCCAGGUUAACAGGCCUGGUAACAAACAUUAUAUCUGAGGAGCAGGCUGGAUUUGUAAAAGGCAGGAGUAUUGUAGAAAAUGUUCUGCUAACACAAGAGAUCAUUACAGAUAUCAGAAUGAGAACAAAAGCUGGUCCAAAUGUAGUGAUUAAAUUGGAUAUGGCCAAGGCAUAUGAUAGAUUAUCAUGGAUAUUCUUAACUAAGUGGAGUCCAAAGAUCAAUCAUCUGGCAUAUGCAGAUGACACAAUCAUUUUUUCCUCUUCUGAUGCAACAUCAUUAAGAUUGAUUAUGGAAAUACUAGCAGGAUAUGAGAAGGCUUCUGGACAACUUAUAAACAAGAGCAAGUCAGCAAUCUAUUUACAUCAUUCUGCAGGGGAAGAUGUAGUGGACAAGGUACAGAGAAUAACAGGUAUUGCCAAGAAUGAAUUUCCAUUUACAUACCUUGGUUGUCCUAUUUUCUAUGCUAGGAGGAGAAUGAACUAUUAUCAGGGACUUAUAACUAAGGUAAUGGACAAGCUGCAGGAUUGGAAAGGGAAGCUAUUAUCUAUAGGGGGAAGGGCUGUACUAAUAUCUCAUGUACUUCAGAGCAUGCCAAUACACCUAUUGUCCUCAGUCAAUCCUCCACCUUAUGUGAUUAACAAGUUACACAAAAUUUUUGCCCAGUUCUUCUGGAGCAACACUGUGGGAGUUGCAAAUAGGCAUUGGGCUUCUUGGAAUACAUUAUGUUUACCUUGUGAAGAAGGAGGAGUGGGUUUUAGAUCUCUACAUGAUGUAUCUACAGCCUUAUUUUGUAAACUUUGGUGGAAUUUCAGAACUAAACCUAGUUUGUGGAGUUCCUUUCUGAGUCAAAAGUACUGCAAAAAGUUAAAUCCUAUGAUUGUUCCAUGGAGAGAUGGUUCACAUGUUUGGAGAAAGAUGCUGGAGUGUAGAGAUAUUAUAGAACAUCAAAUAUGGUGGCAGCCUCACAUGGGGUCCUCACUAUUCUGGUUUGAAAACUGGACAGGGAUGGGAUCUUUAUAUUUUGUUACUCCUCCUGAUUUUGUGUGUGAUGAAUCAAUACAUAACAUAUAUGAUGUGGUAUGCAAUGGUCAAUGGAAUGAGGAAAAGAUCAGAGAGAUUUUACCAGAAGAACUAGCAGAACACAUUUUACAACAUGUGAAGCCUCCAGGAAUGAUAGAGGACAUUGAUAAGCCUUAUUGGAUGCUGGAACCUAGGGGUAAAUUCACUGUGAAAUCAGCUUGGGCAUAUGUCAGAAGGAGGAAUGACCCUGGCAAUGCAUACAGAAAUAUAUGGGUGAAAGGGCUUCCUUUUAAAAUAUCUUUUUUCAUGUGGAAAGUAUGGAGGAAUAAGCUGCCUUUGGAUGAAUUUUUUAAAAGACUGGGCUACCUUAUGGCUUCUAAAUGCUGGUGCUGUGCUGAACCACAGGAGGAGACAAUGCAACAUCUGUUCUACACUUCACAUGCAGCAAUCAGAGUGUGGAAAUAUUUUCUUGGACAUGCAGGUAUUACACUAGAAGGAAUUUCAUUUCAUCAGGCUAUUGUAAAAUGCUGGACUGCAGAUGUGAUACAUAGAAUUAAACCUAUAUUACAAGCCUUGCCUUCUGUCAUUGUCUGGGAGCUUUGGAAGAGGAGGAAUAGCUAUAAACAUGGAGAUACAGUGACAGUAAAUAGGGUUAUAUAUCAGGUGUCUAAUACUAUGCAAAGCCUAGUGAAAUUCAAAAAGCCAAACCUGCAGAAUGUGCCACAUAAAUGGCCAGACCUGUUGUACAUGUUGGAGUCUUAUCUUCCCAGAUUGAAAUAUACUAAGGUGUUAUGGGAAUGUCCAAAAUCAGGAUGGAUAAAGGUGAACACAGAUGGGGCAUCAAAGGGAAAUCCUGGGAGGAGUUCAAUAGGAUAUGUGCUAAGAAAUGAAAAGGGAGAUAUAGUAUAUGGCUGUGGAAAAGAGGUGCAGAAUGGAACAAAUACAGAAGCUGAAGCUAAAGCAAUACUUGAAGCAAUGAAAUUCUGUGUUAGACAUGAAUAUGUACUCAUUGAAUUGCACACUGAUUCAAUGAUGAUGAAGCAUGUUAUAACUGGAGAAUGGGAUGUACCAUGGAAUAUAGCAGAACAUGUGGAGGAAAUAAAGGAACUAAUGAAUAGAACCAAUGUAACAGUAACUCACACUUUGAGGGAAGGAAAUAGAUUAGCUGAUCAUCUAGCUAAUUAUGCCUUGGACUUUGGGGAUUUUGAAGCACACAAUUUCUGGGAGUUAGAUAUACAAGGAAGGAAGAUAGUUAAUGAUGACAAAUCACAAUGCCCAUAUAUCAGAAUAAGAGUUGCAUGA